AUGACGUGGAUAAGAUCGGCCGUACACGUGGCGGCGUCAGGGGCGGCGAGGAGGCAGGUGACUGGAGAGGCGGAUGGGAAGAUGGAGGAAGGAGAGGAGGGUGAAGAGGGAGGGGAGGAGAGAGGGAGGGAACAUGAGGAGGAAGGCGAGGAUGGGGAGGAGGAAGGAGAGGAAGAGGGGGAGGUGGAAGAGGAAGAGGAGGAUGAAGAGGAAGAAGAGAUAGAUGGUGGUAGUGAAGGGGAGGACGAGGAGGAGGAAGAGGGGAGGGAAGAGGAGAAAGCAGAGGACGGAGGAACAGAGGAGGACGAUGCAGCAGCAAAUGCGCUGCUCGCCAAAGCUGACGUGUCCCUCUCAGCCACUGCCACGUGUGACUCCUUUGCUGACCUGGCACUGGCGCCGUGGCUGGUUGCCACGUGUCACGAGAUGGGUCUGCGUCACCCCACCCCAGUGCAGUGCGCGUGCAUCCCGCCUGUCAUCGCGGGCAGCAACGUGAUCGGGGUGGCUCAGACGGGAAGUGGCAAAACUGCCGCCUUCGCCCUGCCUAUACUCCAGAAGCUAGCAGAGGACCCCUAUGGGGUCUUUGCCCUCGUGCUGACGCCCACCAGGGAGCUCGCCCUGCAGAUAGCCGACCAGUUCCGCGCUCUGGGGUCGUCUCUUUCGCUGCGCUGUGCCGUUGCCAUUGGCGGGGGCGACAUGGUGGACCAGUACCAACCAUCCCACCAGUUCCGGGCUCUGGAGUCGUCCGUCCCUUCCGCUGCGCUGCGCUGUGCUAUUGCAAUCGGUGGCGGUGACAUGGUGGAGCAGGGCUCUGGGGUCGUCCCUCCCUCCCGCUGCGCUGUUGCCAUUGGUGGGGGCGACAUGGAGGAGCAGUUCUGCUCUCUCCCUUCUCCCCACUUCCCGCUCAUAUGCUCCUCCCAUCUUCCCCCAUCUCCUGCUGACCCGCUCGCCUUCCACCCUCUCUUCCCGCUUGCCUCCCCUUAUGCCCCUCAGGCCAUGCAGUUGACAGGUCGGCCGCACGUGGUGGUGGCAACUCCGGGGCGACUGAGGGAGAUGCUGGAUCAGGAGGAGAGCAUGGGGCGCGUGUUCAGCAACCUGCAGUUUCUGGUGUUGGACGAGGCCGAUCGCCUGCUAGACCGUGGGUUUGAGGUGGAGAUAGCGGCGAUUCUGGCGAGGAUGCCGAAAGAGAGGCAGACGCUGCUCUUCUCAGCCACCUUCACCGCCAACCUGCACGCCUUGAAGGCUAUGAGCAAAGCCAAGAAACUGUUUCACUUUGAGGCCUACGAGGGCUUUAAGACGGUCGAAGCAUUAGACCAAACCUACCUCUUCCUGCCCGCCAAUGUGAUCCGAUGUGGUGCUUUCCUCCUUCCCCUUCCCCCCGCACCGCCCCUCCCCGCCUCUGCUGCUGCCCAUCCGCCCGUGCGCUCAGUUAUCGUCUUCACCUCGUCGUGUCAAUCAUGCCAGGCAGUGAGUGCACUGCUAGACGAGGUGGGUCUCUCCAACGCGCCUCUGCACGCCCUGCUGCCGCAGCGCAAGCGCUCGGCCGCUCUGCACCGCUUCAAGGCGUCUCAAGUGCCGAUUCUGGUGGCGACAGACGUCGCUAGCAGAGGGCUGGAUAUUCCCACUGUCGAUCUGGUGAUCAACUAUGACAUUCCUAGCUCGCGGAAUGCACUGCGUGCAGCACGGAGAGGGAGUACUGAUGUACGCUGUCUGCUCGCUCCCACUCCCCCCUCCCCUCCCUCUUUCCCCCCACAGUACGACGUGCAUCUGGUGCACAGCAUCGAGAAGUUAAUUGGUCGACAGCUCGCAGAGUGCACUGAUGUGACUGAAAGCGAUGUGCUUAAAUGCAUCAGCAAGGUGUUCAAGGCACGGAGGGCAGCACUGCUGAAGGUAUCAGAAAGUGGGUUCGAGGAGCGGGCGAAGCAGAGGGCCGAGCAGAAGAGGAAGAUUCGGGAGGAUCGGAGAGAGCGAGAGCGGAGUGAGGAAGGGAAGAAUGACAAGUGA